AGCCAUGACUUGUCCUUUAUUUACAUGUUAGCAAAGAGAAAGACUUGAUAAGAAGUGUACUUUUAAGCUUUUAACAAAUCAGAUGAGCAUGUACUAGAUUUGUUUCUUUCAGAAUAAACAGAUUGUUACGUAAUCUUUUUAUUCCCAGCUGGAGAGAACAAAAUCACUUUCUGCCCCUUCUGAUGAUGUUCCCAAGAUCCAUUAUGCAAAGUAACCAAACUGAACUGACCCAGUGAGCUGACUGACUCACACAGCGUGCAAGUUAAAGUAUCGGGGGAGUGGAUUUGUUAUCAGCAGCCUCUCAGUARGUGAUCUGGUCAAAGUGCACUGUGGUGAACUGUGAAAAACCCAGUGAGAGUUGAUCCAUUCAAAUUAACCUCAGAAAUAAACUCCACGAAGGUUGCGAAAAUGACUAAAGAAAAAACUCAGAGGAAGGAGUUCAUAGAAGCAAUAAGUGUUCUUCAAUGGGUGCUGAGUUUUCUUUUUUUGGGAGUGGCUUGUUUAAUCCUGAUGGUUUAUCUGAUGUUUACCUCCCUGUGGCCGCUGGCCACUCUGUACUUCAUAUGGAUGGUGAAAGACUGGUACACCCCUGAAAAAGGGGGAAGAAGAACAACAUUUGUGAGGAAGUGGAAGGUUUGGGAACACUUCAGAGACUAUUUCCCAAUUAAACUGGUGAAGACGGCAGAACUGAGUCCAAAGAAAAACUACAUCUUUGGCAUCCAUCCACAUGGAAUCAUGAGCGCUGGAGGCUUCGCCUGCUUCAGCACAGAGGCCUGCGGCUUUGCCGAGGAGUUUCCUGGGGUGAAGUCCACCUUGGCCACACUGGCAGGCCUAUUCAAAUUACCACUCUUCAGGGAAUACCUCAUGGCUGCAGGUCUUUGUCCGGUCAGCAAAACGAGCCUCGUCCACCUCCUGUCUAAAAACGGCAAAGGAAAUGCGGUGGUGAUUGUGGUGGGGGGUGCGGCUGAGUCUCUGUCCUCCUCUCCUGGAGUCAACACGGUGGUCAUGAAGCAGAGGAAAGGGUUUGUCAGGACGGCUCUGGAGUUUGGAGCUGAUCUGGUGCCGGUUUACUCCUUCGGGGAGAACGAGCUUUUCCAGCAGGUGGUUUUCUCAGAGGGCAGUCUGGGCCGCAGGCUGCAGGACUUGUUUAAAAAGAUAACGGGUUUCGCUCCAUGUCUAUUUGUCGGGGAGCGCUUYGUACUCUUGCCCUACAGGACCCCAGUCACUACUGUCGUGGGAAGUCCAAUCUCAGUGCCACUGAAGGUCAUGCCGACGGAGGAGGAGGUUGAUCAUUAUCACCGCCUCUACAUGGAGGCUCUAGCCAAAUUAUUUCAUGAACACAAGGUCAGCUGUGGACUUUCUGAGGAUCACAAGCUUCAGUUUAUUUAGACUUUUCUCACCAAUGUUGAACCGUUCAUACUGUGGCUUUCAGCGGAGAUUACUGGAGUAAUUUAACAAAUGUACUGAGGGCAUUUUCGUGCACAUUUCUAGAGUUGUCAAAAUGUUUAUAUUAACAAGGCCUUGUGAGUCUUUUUGACCCAAGACCUGCAGGAGGGUCAUAGACACUAAAAGCGUGGUGGUGGGGUGCGGUUAUCCAUGCUGCUACUGGAUGCAGACAUUUACAGCACCUUGAAACAGUGUUUUAAAAAAGUAUUUGUAGCCUUUGAACUUUUCCACAAUUUGUCAUGCCACAAUCACAAACUUCAAAGCAUUUUACUGGGAUUUUAAAGAGGACAUAUCAUGCAAAAUCCACUUUUAUUUAGUUGUUAAAUGCAUUUUGUUGUAUUUGGAGUAUCUGUG